UUUAUGGGCAAUAAUUGUUUGUAAUCAAAUUAGACCAUAAAUUAAAAAGAAAAAGUAAUUCACAUUAGGUGUUAUCCUAAUUUAUUGGGUCCUAAUAAAUAAAUUUUGCAUCAAUCAAUUAAAAACCUAUCAUAAAAUUUAGAUACUUUUGAAGAAGACUUUUAUAAAAAUGAAUUUUUUUUCGAUUUUGCAAAUGAUAACAAUAAAAACAAUCAAUUUGACAAAAAUAAGUAAGACCUGACUAUUUUGAAUGAAAUCUAAGGAAAUAUUAUUGAAUGUCCUUCAUUUGAAAAUUCAGAUGAAUCCUAAAGUCAAUACAAAACUAAUCUAAACUCAAAUUAAGAGGAUGUUUUAAAUUUUGCUUUCAUAAAGGAGAAGAAAAAAAAGAAAGAGAUAAGGUCUUUCAAAAAUUCUAAAAAACCAGUACAGGAAAAACUUCAACUAAAAAGCAUAUUAAAAUAAAAUAAAUCAAAUCGUUCAUCCUUGUGCAGCUAUUCUGAUAGAAAUGAUAAAUAAUCUGUCUCAUUCAACAUUUUGCCAAGCAAUAAUAAUAAAAAUGCAAGAUCAUUCUCACCAAUAAUUUAUCCAACAAAUAUUCUAAAAUCAAAGAUAAAAACAUAGAGCAUGAUUUUUAUGUAAUAAUUUCCAUAUAAAUGA